GAUUAUUUCCUGAUGUGGGUGGAGGUUAUUUCUUGCCAAGACUUCAAGGAAAACUUGGUUACUUCCUUGCAUUAACAGGAUUCAGACUAAAAGGAAGAGAUGUGUACAGAUCAGGAAUCGCUACACACUUUGUGGAUUCUGAAAAGUUGGGUAUGUUAGAGGAAGAUUUGUUAGCCUUGAAGUCUCCUUCAACAGCAAAUAUUGAAGCUGUCUUAGAAAAGUAUCAUACAGAGUCCAAGAUUGAUCAAGGCAAGUCUUUUAUACUUGAGGAACACAUGGACAAAAUAAACAGUUGUUUUUCAGCCAAUACUGUGGAACAGAUUAUUGAAAACUUACAGCAAGAUGGUUCCUCUUUUGCUCUAGAGCAGCUGAAGGUAAUUAGUAAGAUGUCUCCAACAUCUCUAAAGAUUACACUAAGGCAGCUCAUGGAGGGGUCCUCAAAGACCUUGCAGGAGGUAUUAACUAUGGAGUAUCGGCUAAGUCAAGCUUGUAUGGAAGGUCAUGACUUUCAUGAAGGCGUUAGAGCUGUUUUAAUUGACAAAGACCAGAGUCCAAAGUGGAAACCAGCUGAUCUAAAAGAAGUUACUGAUGAAGAUGUGAAUAAUCACUUUAAGUCUCUAGGAAGCAAUGAUUUGAAAUUUUGAGGUGACUGGCUUUUUCAGGUAUAUUUUGGAGCUGUGGCUGGCAAACUAUAGCAUGUGGGCUAAAUCCAGCCUGCUGUCUGUUUUUAUACACAGCUUGCAAACGAAGGAUGGUAUCUGCCAUUUUAAAAUGUUUGGGGAAAGAGUAAGAGACUAAAAUUUCAUGAUUUGUGAAAAUUAUAUGAAAUUCAAAUAUCUGUGUUCACAAAUAAAGCUUUCUUAGAAGAUA